GCGUCUCGAGAUCUCACAGAAGACGAGGGUGCUUAGAGACCUCUGAAAGCAGCGAUGAUCACUGAUUUCUUCUUUCUGCUCAUAAUCAUGGGUGGACAUGUCUCCAGUGUAGAGCUACCAGAUGCUGAUCAGCAAAUAACCAAUGGGACAAUUAUCGGAGAUAACGAAGCUGAGGUGGAGAAAGUCUGUAAUUUUCAGGAUAUUGCUCAACACCUGAAUCUGAACAAAGACAAUUUUAAAUACACUAUGAGCCGGCCCAUUUUAAACAACAGUCAUCAUACAGAAGUAUGGCUCGAAGUGAAACUCUAUGCCAUCUUAGAUAUGAGAGAAAUUGACCAGACCUUAAUUACUUACAUUUGGGUUUAUUUGAAGUGGCGCAAUGAAUACAUUGAAUGGAAACCAGAUGAAUUUUGUGGAAUUAAAUAUAUAACAAUUCCUACUUCAUAUCUAUGGAUGCCAGAUAUAGCUAUUGAAGAGAUGACAGAGAAAGAUAAAGCCUCUCCAAGUCCAUAUCUCAGCAUACUUUCAGAUGGUAUGGUUGAAUUUAGGAAUGACCAGGUGGUGUUAAGCACCUGCAAGAUGCAUGUUUACAAAUUCCCUUUCGACAUCCAAAGUUGCAACCUCUCCUUCAAGUCUAUUAUGCAUGAAGAUAAAGAAAUAUAUUUACAGUCCAGCAGAAAUGAUACAAUGCUCACAGAAUGGUCUCGCAAGGUGAUGCACACGCAGUAUGAGUGGCUGUUCAUCAACAUAUCAGUCACCAGCGAAAUUGUCAAUCAUUUUGGAUUUGACCAAAAUGCAGUCAUUUACACUAUUACCAUGAAGAGGAGGUCUGUCCUCUACCUUGCCAAUUUCAUCCUGCCAGUGCUCUUCUUCUUGCUUCUGGACUUGUCCUCCUUCCUGAUCUCAGACACUGGGGGUGAGAAACUCGGCUUCAAGGUCACUGUCCUGCUUGCUGUCACAGUGAUGCAGCUUCUUCUGAAUGAGAUUCUGCCGAGCUCUUCAGACAGUAUUCCACUUAUAGCUGUCUACUGCAUUGGAGUUUUUGCUCUGAUGCUGCUCAGCCUCCUGGAGACAAUUUUGGUGAUGCAUCUGAUUGAAAAAGAUUCUGCAAUUGAAGAUGAGACAGAUGGAGACCGAAGCCUGGGGGAGAACUCUGGGAACAACCAGGGCAGCCACAACUUCUGCAGCUGUUUUAGAGAGAUUAAGAGAUGCAGUCCUCGUGCCUCUGUUGAUGAGGUAUCAUCUCAUGAAACACCAUCUGUAUCUUUGUCAUCUCUCACCCAAAAGGGCAGCAGCAGUAAACUGACAGAGGUGUCCUUUGCUCUGGAAAAAGUUUCCGAUGAGCUGCAGGAGACUGGGAAAACAAUAACUCUGCUCAGCAGCAACAGGAAGCCUGGCUACUGGACGAGAAUGGUUAAAAAAAUUAACAAAGUUUUCAUCAUUUCUUAUUUGACUGCAGUCGCUGUGUUCUUAGCAAUUAUGGGUUUAUUGUGGUACACUGCUGAAGACGAGUAGAGCUACAGUUUAAGAAAACAACAGCUGCAGACAUACUGGUUGUAAUCUGGUUACAUUUCAUUUUGUUCACAAAUUGAGAUUUAAUCAUUAAAUAAUGUAAAACUGUAUGUAAUCUAAAAUAGUACAAUUUUAUAGUUGGACCCAUUCUUCCAUCCUCAUAUAUUAACUUAAUCAUCAAAACAGAGCACAAGGUAUUUCCCCAGUGGCUUCAGCCAAUCCUGUCUUCAGCAGUGUUUUUUGCAUGUAUCACAUAUGCCUUAAUUAUGACACCAAUUGCAAUAGUUAUUUUAAUAAGUACUUGUUAAGGAAAUGAUAAGAAUAUGAUAUUAGGUAUUUAAUAUGGAAUGUACACAAUGUAAAUGUUCUGUUACUAUUUUUAAAUAAACAGUGAAUAUAGUCAAAGUGUAUUGUUUUGGAAGUUUAGCUCUUUAAAUAAACAAUGAAAUGUAAAUGCAUGACAUAAAGCAAUGUAUUUGUAUAUUCUCCAUUUACAUCUACAUUCUACCAUAACACUGGA